AUGGUGCUCCACAGUGCCAUACAAGCAGCACGGUCCGGAGAUUUGGACGCCCUAAGAGCACUGGCGUCAGCUGGGCAUCUCUCCCCGAGUAUUGUGGAUGCCCAGGGAGCUGGGCCAGUUCAUCAUGCCGCUCGCUGUGGGCAGCUAUAUUGCCUGCAUUACCUGGUGACAGAGGCAAGGUUGCCAGCGAAUACCAGGGCCCUAAAUGGGGCCACACCCGCCCAUGAUGCCGCCGCAACCGGCCACACCCUUGAGCUACAGUGGUUAGUGGAGAAUGGAGGCUGCAAUGUGGAGGAUCAAGAUGCUGCUGGUGCCACUGCACUCCAUCUUGCUGCCCGUUUUGGGAGGGUGAAGGUGGUUCAUUGGCUCCUGUCUGUUGGGUGUGAAGCAGAGCCAGAGACAGACUGUGGGGCACUACCUGCCCACUACGCUGCUGCCAAAGGUGACCUCACCUGUUUGAAGCUGCUGGUUGAUCAAGCCCCUGGGUGUGUGAACCGACAGACAGGUAUAGGUGCCACGCCACUAUACCUGGCCAGUCAGGAGGGUCACCUGCAUGUUGUGGAGUAUCUGGUGAAAGACUGUGGGGCAGAUGUUCACCUGAGAGCCCACGAUGGGAUGACUGCUCUCCAUGCUGCUUCACAUAUGGGCCACUAUGCCCUGGUGGUCUGGCUGGCUUCCUUCACAGACAUCAGCCUGUCCAGUCAAGAUAAGGAGGGCGCAACUGCCCUGCAUUUUGCUGCCAGCGGGGGGCACCAUCGCAUCCUUGAGAGACUUCUUCGCAUGGGGUCAAAGGUCAUUAAGGACUACUGGGGUGGAACCCCACUGCACGAUGCAGCAGAGAAUGGAGAACUGGAGUGCUGCAGAAUCCUCCUGGCCAAUCAGGUCAGUCCAUGGGAACGGGAUGUGGACGGAUUCACAGCAGCAGAUUUGGCAGAGUACAACGGACACUAUGACUGUGCCAGAUACCUUCACUCCGUUGAGCUAAAUCCCUGCACUGCAGGUAAACCUCUGGAGGAGAUCUGCCCCAGUGUGGAUGAGGAGAGAGAGAGGCAUUGUGUGGCGUGGAAACCAAGUGCAGAGGAUUACUACAGAAACAUCAGCAAACCACACACCCAGAUGGACAGCCUAAAGCACCCAGACACUGAAGACACCCCCCAAGCACAUUAUCCUCUUCCCUCCUCAACCCCUACUCCACCCACAGCUCCACCCGGGUGGACGUCGUCCAGCAGCAUCCAACAUGUCCAAAUGGCCACAACGGUGGUGAAGAAUUUUCGAGCUGGUGAAAAUCCAAGCAAACCAGUACAGGAUGGGCCAAAACCCAUUUUGACCAGUAUGAAAUUUGGAAACAUGAAAUCCAUUACAUCUUUAAAGGAGUCUGGAAUCUCAAACACCUUCACAGGACAAGCUAAUAAAAUGGUGGUUUUACCUACAGAGGAGGCUAACUUGUCUGACAUUGACUACCUUGUGCCUACCCAUGAUGAGAAAGGCAGACCCAUUGCUGAAUGGAAGAGACAAGUGAUGGUACGUCAACUACAGGCAAGACUGCUUGAUGAGGAAGCUCAGCGAAGAAAGGAGAAUGGGAACAGAUAUGCCAAGAUGGAUAGUUGGAGGUUCUCCCAUGCUCACAAUGCCAUCUUGGGCCCAUUUGGAGAACUGCUUACAGAGGAUGACCUCAUUUACUUAGAGAAGCAGAUUGAGAGUGUCUCCAUGCAGAAGAACUGUGAAGGUUAUGAACUUGAGCUUGCUCGUUUAGCCGAGGAACUCAGGAACAUCCUGCCAGCCCCAAUUGUUAACAUCACAGUUAAUACACAAUACAGAAGCCCUGACACACAGGUUCCUUUGCCUGUUUGGUGUAAUCGUAUCUCAGGCAUUGUCAAGAGCAUGUCCCUGCUCAUGACCAACCUCACAGACCUGCCUUACUGCAAGAUGCCCAAUACUGACCUGGUGUCUGUUUUCUCCCAGACUUCUGAGAGGCUGAACUCAGGCAGAAGAGAGAAGAUUGAAAAUGAGAUCCAGCAAUUUGGGGUGUCAGUCCGUAACCUGAAGUCUAAUUUUGAGAAUCAGAACUCUCCUUUCUCCAAGGAUUCUGAAACAAUGGAGAAGAUGUCAGUCCAGGAAGAGAGCUCUGCUGAGAAUGGACCUAAGGAGGCCACCAAAGAUGAUGACCAAGCUCCUGAGACUGAUCAAAGCAAUGAUUCGGGCAUUGAUUAUGAUGGGUGCAUCACUGAUGUCAUGGAGAGCACAAGUUUACGUAAGGAACGCAUUGUGGUCUUGUUCCUGGGUCACUGGAAGAAAUCAGCCUAUGCUGUGACAGUGAAGAAUGCCCAGCGAAAGCAGAGCUUGGACAGUCUGGAGACGCCCCGAAAAGCUUCUGCUGAACGUAAAGCCAGCUUGAAUAUCUCUGAGAAGAAGAUCAUGGAGAAUGGAUCUUUGGGACACUUCUUCAAGCAGCGGAGUGCAAUUAACAAGAUGAUUGGUAACUGGAGAAGUAUGAUUUCUAUCGUACCCUCACGACAGAUCCGGCGACUCAACAGGCAGCAAGCCCUUUACUCUCCUGAACAGUUUCUACCACGAGUGGAUGGAGCACCUGUUGACUAUGACACCUUGACUCUUGACCUGUUCAUGCUUGGAUAUUUCCAUAUUCUAGAGCUAGAUUUACCACCUGAUGAGAGGAAGAUGAGACACCUUCUGUGCUUUGAGGUGUUUGACCAUGUUGGCCGCUUCACCUGGGAAACAGUGCGAGACUUCCACAGGGCAGUUAUACAGGACAUUGAGGCUGGGAAUCGUGAAUGGAAGGAUGGAUUUGAGGAUAUCAAGCUUCAGUUCUUUGGUACAGCCUCUAGUCAGACAGAAAAUGCCAACCAGGAAAUAAGUCCACCAACCAGGUCUGUGCCCAAAGUCAUUGUUCAGACCCCAACUCCAGAUGAGGGAGAUUUUCUGAAAAAUGGAACAGACAUCUCCAGCUUCAGUAAUGAAGAGAUCUGUAGAUACAUUGACAGAAGUUUUGCCUUCUGGAAAGAGAAAGAAGCAGAAAUUUUUGACUUUGAAUAA